CGUGGGGAGAGAGAGAUAAAAAUGGAGAGGGAGAGUCAGGGAGGGCAGGCUUUGGGGUUUUUCUUAAUGGGGUUACUAGGGCGGGAAGUGGAAGUCUAACUUGGUGUACCUCCCAGCGGCGACCAGAUAUAAGGAGACCCGAGGGUAGCGCUUUUGCUUUCUGCAAUGCUUGCUUCGGAGUUCCUCUCUCUGGCUGCUGCCACCACCGAUGCAGCUACCUUCACUGUUGUUACCGACUGCUGACUUCUGAGCCCAGCUGCUUUAGUCUUCUGAUUUGGACCCGGAAAUCCUCCAGGCCUUCCGUUCCAGAGUAGAGCCGCCAAGGUAUUUGGCAUUGCGGGGGGGAUCCAGAUGCAGAACUCUCAGCUCUUUCUCCAGCACCAUGUCUGCCUACGUGCUGCUGAGCCUCCUGCCAUGAUCACCAUGGAGUGAACCUCUGAACUGUGUGUGAACCUGUGGGGUGCUCCAAGAUGAUCUGGGGUGUAUUAAUGAUGGGGAUUCUACUUCCUCAGUGUUCAGCCCAUCCAGGCUUUUUUACUUCAAUUGGUCAGAUGACUGACUUGAUCCAUAAUGAGAAAGACCUGGUGACGUCACUAAAAGAUUACAUUAAAGCAGAAGAGGACAAGUUAGAGCAAAUCAAAAAAUGGGCAGAGAAGUUAGACCGGCUAACAAGUACAGCAACAAAAGAUCCAGAAGGGUUUGUCGGACACCCUGUAAAUGCAUUCAAGUUAAUGAAACGUCUGAACACCGAGUGGAGUGAGUUGGAGAAUCUGAUCCUCAAGGAUAUGUCAGAUGGCUUCAUCUCUAACCUGACCAUUCAGAGGCAGUACUUCCCUAACGACGAAGACCAGGUUGGGGCUGCAAAAGCUUUGUUUCGUCUGCAAGACACCUACAACCUAGACACGAAUACCAUCUCGAAGGGCAAUCUUCCAGGAGUGAAACACAAGUCUUUUCUAACAGCUGAGGACUGCUUUGAGUUGGGCAAAGUGGCCUAUACAGAAGCAGAUUAUUACCACACAGAACUCUGGAUGGAGCAGGCUCUGAUGCAGCUGGAGGAGGGAGAGAUGUCUACUGUAGACAAAGUCUCGGUUCUAGAUUAUUUGAGCUAUGCAGUGUACCAGCAGGGUGACCUGGAUAAGGCACUUCUGCUUACAAAGAAACUUCUUGAACUAGAUCCUGAACACCAGAGAGCCAAUGGUAACUUAGUAUAUUUUGAGUAUAUAAUGAGUAAAGAAAAAGAUGCCAAUAAGUCUGCUUCGGGUGACCAGUCUGAUCAGAAAACUACACCAAAGAAAAAGGGGAUUGCUGUGGACUACCUGCCAGAGAGACAGAAGUACGAAAUGCUGUGCCGUGGGGAGGGUAUCAAAAUGACUCCUCGGAGACAAAAAAGGCUGUUCUGCCGCUACCAUGAUGGAAACCGGAAUCCUAAAUUUAUCCUGGCCCCAGCCAAGCAGGAGGAUGAGUGGGACAAGCCUCGCAUCAUUCGUUUCCAUGACAUCAUCUCAGAUGCCGAGAUUGAGAUCGUCAAAGAUUUAGCAAAGCCCAGGCUGAGCCGAGCUACAGUACAUGACCCUGAGACUGGGAAAUUGACCACAGCACAGUACAGAGUAUCUAAGAGUGCUUGGCUGUCUGGCUAUGAAGAUCCUGUGGUGUCUCGAAUUAAUAUGAGAAUACAAGAUCUCACAGGACUGGAUGUUUCCACGGCAGAGGAAUUACAGGUAGCAAAUUAUGGAGUUGGAGGACAGUAUGAACCCCAUUUUGACUUUGCCAGGAAAGACGAGCCGGAUGCUUUUAGAGAGCUUGGGACAGGAAAUAGGAUUGCCACGUGGCUCUUCUACAUGAGUGAUGUGUCUGCUGGAGGCGCUACUGUUUUUCCUGAAGUGGGAGCCAGUGUUUGGCCCAAAAAAGGCACUGCUGUCUUCUGGUACAAUCUGUUUGCCAGUGGAGAAGGAGAUUACAGUACACGGCACGCAGCCUGUCCUGUGCUAGUGGGAAACAAAUGGGUAUCCAACAAAUGGCUCCAUGAACGUGGACAGGAAUUUCGAAGGCCGUGUACCCUGUCAGAAUUGGAAUGACAACCAGGCUUCCCGUGGCUCCUCUCGUCCUCUAACGCACCAGGCAUGAUCGCUGACUGUAACAUUCAGAAGUUUACAGCUGACUAACACUCCAUGAUUAAUUCGGCCGUGAACCCCAUCCCAUGUUUCAUCUGUGGACAAUCACUUAUUUUUGUGAAUUUUUUUAAAUUAACACUCAGUCACCACAUUGUGUAAAACUUAUGGUUCAGUUAUCACAGGAUACAGGAUAUUUAAAAUGAGGAACCUAGUUCUGUUGUUUAAAAGAGCUUUUUGGUUGAUUUAAAAAAAAAAAAAAAAAACGCGUCCAGUAGUAAAUCUCACCCAUCUCAGGAGCUGGCGGACCGGGGAGGCUGCAGGUGGCGUGCAGAUGCCUGUGUACUGUUCUUCCUCCGCCACUGCGCUUUCUGGAGUGCCAAGCACUCGUAGCUAACUAGGGCUCAGGCCCGUCCUAGGGUUUGCCCUCCGUCUACUCUUCCACAUGCAUAGUUCUUAUAUAAAGAAACUCUUUAUAUCAAAUCCCCCUCCUCACCACUGGUGAAUUCAGCCGGUUUGAGAAAUUACUUUGUUCAAAAAGUCCUGCAGAACUGGCCUCAUAACUAAAUGCUCAGACGUAGACCUUUUCCUCAGUGACUAUGGUGUCCAGAGACUGUUCCAAGUGCCACUCCCCUGCCGUGUAUUCAGCUGCAGCAGGCGAUGAUGUUGGCUUUCUGACUAAAUUCUGUGCCUUAGGAGACUGGGAGUAAUGAAAUGGACAGGUCCUUGUAAUGAGGGAGUUGGUUUUUAAAAAGAAAUUUUUUAUAAAAAGCCAAAAUGUUUGUUUUUUCCCAUUCUGAAAUGUGUUAUGAUAACAGUGACCUAUUUAUGAUCUUAAAUCUUUUUUAAAAAAAAAAAGUCUCUGUGUGGUAUUUUCAUGUUUAAGUCACGCGCAGGCCAAUUCUAGUUUACUUCUUUACCCUAUAGUGCUUAGAUUUAAUUCACAGUUACACAUUUAGUCAACCAAAGCAUGCUUCCUUGGGAUGUAGCUUCGGGUACUUGUUCCAAGAUGGUGACCCUUUGGUAUGAGUUGUUACAAUAAUGACACUUGUAGUUAGUUUCUCCUAUUCAGAAGGUGAACUGUGGUCAUGGCUGUGCACUUGAUGAAUUCUUUACACAGGGCUCUGACUCAUUUUAAUUCUCUGGGAAAGUACAUAUUAAAAUGAGUUAUGUCCAUCACAAGGAUUUUAGCAAAAAAAAUAUUAAAGAUUAAGUUCAGCACUUUAAA